UGCUGCAGCAGAGAAACAUGACAUGAGGAUGAGCGAGAGGGAGGGAGGGAGACAUCCUGAUAGGAAUAAACGGUUCGUCAGAGGUUGAGGAGGAGAAAGUAAUGAUGGGGAGCAAUGACUGAAAACACAACGGGCUCUCUGAAUUACCAGAGUCUAUUUUUCCAUCGUUACCAUUGAAGCCAUGGACUAGAGCUGAGUGGUCUGGUCGGUCCUGUGGUCUUCAGAUGGCCCCCCAACAACUGUCAGCCAAUAUACUGAACAUGAGAACGUGAAGGCUGGCGUCCACCAAGGCCACCGCUGCACCUUGGGCAGCACACAUACAUGAUCACAUGACUCUGGACAUGGACGCGGUCCUGUCAGACUUUGUUCGGUCCACAGGGGCAGAACCAGGUCUGGCUAGAGACUUGCUGGAAGGUAAAAACUGGGACCUCAGCGCUGCUCUCAAUGAUUAUGAGGAGCUCAGGCAGGUCCACACUGCCAACCUGCCGCAGGUUUUCAAUGAGGGCCGCUACUACAAGCAGCCAGAGGCGCGUGACACACCCACCCAUGUCAGCAAGAUCGACAGGCUGUGUGCGCAAAAGCAGGAGGACAGUACUCAAGAAAAGCGUCUGUCCCGUGGGAUCUCCCACGCCAGUUCUGCUAUUGUCUCCCUGGCCCGGCUGCAGGUGGCCAGUGAGUGUACCAGCGAGCAAUUCCCUAUCGAGAUGCCAAUUUACACAUUCCAGCUGCCAGACCUGAGCGUGUACAGCGAGGACUUUAGGAGCUUCAUAGAGAGAGAUCUAAUAGAGCAGUCCACCAUGAUGGCCCUGGAGCAGGCUGGUCGUCUGAACUGGUGGUCCACCAUGUGCACCAGCUGUAAGAAGCUGCUUCCUCUGGCUACCACUGGGGAUGGAAAUUGCCUACUGCAUGCUGCUUCUUUGGGAAUGUGGGGCUUCCAUGACAGAGACCUUAUGCUGAGGAAAUCUCUCUACACCAUGAUGAAGAGUGGGACAGAGAGGGACGCUCUGAAGAGAAGGUGGAGGUGGCAGCAAACCCAGCAGAACAAGGAGUCGGGGCUGGUGUACACUGAAGAAGAGUGGGAGAGGGAGUGGAACGAGCUGCUGAAGUUAGCCUCCAGUGAGCCUCGCUCUCAUCUCAGCAAAAACGGGAACACCAGUGGAGGGGUGGAUAACUCAGAGGAUCCUGUCUAUGAGAGUUUGGAGGAAUUCCAUGUGUUUGUGCUGGCCCAUGUGUUGCGCAGACCCAUCGUGGUGGUCGCAGACACCAUGCUCAGAGACUCUGGAGGUGAAGCGUUCGCUCCCAUCCCAUUUGGAGGGCUCUAUUUGCCCCUCGAGGUGCCUCCGACCCGUUGUCACUGCUCCCCUUUGGUCCUGGCCUACGAUCAGGCUCACUUUUCUGCCCUGGUCUCCAUGGAGCAGAGAGACCAGCAGCGGGAGCAAGCUGUUAUCCCUCUGACCGACUCGGAGCACAAGCUGUUGGCUCUCCAUUUUGCUGUUGACCCUGGCAGAGACUGGGAGUGGGGGAGGGACGACAACGAUAAUGCCAAGUUAGCCAAUCUCAUCUUGUCUUUGGAGGCCAAACUCAACCUGCUGCACAGCUACAUGAAUGUAACAUGGAUCAGAAUCCCAUCUGAAACAAGGGCUCCACUGGCUCAGCCAGAGUCUCCCACAGCAUCUGCAGGUGAGGACGUCCAGUCUCUGGCUGAGUCCAUGGACUCUGACCGCGAGUCCGUCGGUAGCAACUCGCACGUCAACACCGGGAAGUCUAGUAAGGACAAAGACAAAGACAAGCAGCGCAAAGACAAAGAUAAAGGGCGGACUGAUUCUGUAGCCAACCGACUGGGAAGCUUCAGCAAAACACUUGGUAUUAAGCUCAAGAAGAACAUGGGAGGUCUUGGGGGGCUUGUGCACGGCAAAAUAAACAAAUCCAACUCGAGCUCAGGUCGUCAUACAGAGAACGGAAGUGAAAAGGCAAAGAAGAAAGAGUCAAAAGCAACCAGAGGAAACAAGGAGGAGUCAGGUCAGUCCACCAGCUCCACUUCCUCUGAGAAGGCUACUAGUCCCUCCCCUACAGAUGGAGACAGACCCUCCAGCUCCUCCCCAACGGAGAGGCAGGACAGUUCAGGGCGGAGCUCCGCAGAUAAAACACUGGAAAACUGGAAAUACAGCACAGAUGUCAAGCUCAGCCUCAACAUCUUGCGGGCUGCUAUGCAGGGAGAGCGCAAGUUCAUCUUUGCAGCACUCCUGCUGACCAGCCAUCGACAUCAGUUCCAUGAGGAGAUGAUCAGCUACUACUUGACCAACGCCCAGGAGCGCUUCAGUCAGGAGCAGGAGCAGAAGAGGAAAGAGGCUGAGAAGAAGCCACCGGCCUCCAGUGAGGUGGUUCUGAAGAACGAGAGCGUCUUCCAGAGGGAGAGAUCGGACAGUUCCCCUCCGGAGAGCUGCUCUCCGGUCCUGCCCCACCACACCUACAACAACCCGCAGCCCCUGUCGGGUUUGAAGACGCAGGGCAGAAACAGUCCAAUCCCUGUUGCCCCUCCGGUUUCCGUCCCUCCUCUAACCCCGCCAACAAUCUCUCACCAUGUCCCCCACCCAGCCCCUUCCCCCGCGCCUUACUGCUCCCCCAUUAUCGGUGCUAAGAGACCCGGGCCCGUCCCUGUGUCUGCCCACUACAGCCAUACACCUCCCAUCCAGAGGCACAGUGUGAUUCACUUACAAGAUGUCAACAUGCAAUCCUCCAUCUUCCAAGACGAGCCCUACAACAAGCCUGUGGUGGGCACGCUGAAGACGUGCGCCACCUACCCCCAACAGAACCGCACACUCUCAUCCCAGAGCUACAGCCCUGCACGCCUGUCGGGGGUCCGCACUGUUCACACCACAGGAACCCUGUCCUACAACAUGCCUGCUGAAAACAAGUCCCACACCUACACCAACGGCUUCAACGCGGGAGACAUUCAGGACUGCCUCGAGUUUGCUGAUGAGGACAACUCAUCUCACACGUGGCUCAACCAAGACAAAACCAAAGGGCGCAGCUCUGGAACCCCUUUGUACUGCUUUCAGCAGCGGCGCUGCAAGAGGGAGAACUGCUCCUUCUACGGGAGGCCAGAGACAGACAACUACUGCUCCUACUGCUACAGGGAGGAGCUGAAACGCAGGGAGAAGGACGGCAAAGUGCAGAGGCCUGCAUAGCCAUUUCAGCCACAACACAGCCACAGGAGAGCAAACGUUUUGCAACUUUGUUGAGGAAAGCUCAUGAUUCCUGUCCCACCUUCCUUUAAUAAUAAAGAUUCUUACUUUAAGAAUAAGGAGGGAGGGAGCAGGUCCUGAAAGAGUGAACAGCUUUGGCCAGAGCCUUUUUUUUUUAACUUCUGUCUCAUCCGAUUUUAGUCUUUUACUUGUUUUAGAGUAAAAGUCAUCUCCCUGUGAUGUAAUUUUCUGUAUGUGAAGGAAAGUUCUUUAUUUUUUGAAGUCCAAAAAAGAAAACUUGCAUUUCAUCAGGAAGGAACAUUUUAUUAUCUCUUUUGAUCUGUUUUGAAUGCAAUACCUCUGCCUGGUUCUUCAAAGUCUCCGUGGGAAAUUUCUAGUUGUUUUGCAAUCAAAAGAAAUGAAAACGGGGGGAAAAAUUCGACUUGACAGCAAUAAAUUGGUGACUCUUGCUAUACUCUCCCAAGUUUUGUCUAUGCACCGAUAACAUAGUUACUGUAGGUUAACUGUGUCUUGUAAAAUUAUAGAGGAAUGUUCCAGUGUGUUUUGUAAACGAGUUUGAACUACAGGAAUAAAAAACGUCUAAGCUUUCUGAAUUGUAACCUGAGAUUAGGAUGAAAUGCUACGCUGUCUGAUGUGUCGGAACUGGACUAUUUUGUAAGAUGGUGUUUUAUCAUUUUCAUUCGUAAUUAACUUCUUCAAAGUCCACAAGCACUGCCAAGCUGGCUUCUGUACGAGACAAAUUCCAAAUUUAUCUGUGCCAUGCAGCGCGCCAGAGGAGCUGCUUCUCACAGUGUCGACGGUGUGUUUUUUUCCCCGAUGUGUUAGAUGAGAUGAACUGUCAGUUGUGAGAUCAGGCUGAUGUGUAUUUGUCUGAAGUGUUACUAUGUGUCCCCACCCUUGCUCCCACACACACGGUCACAGACACACGCAACACGAUGUGCAAUCAUGCUAAUCAGCACUCCGCGGUAGCCUGCAGUAUGAAGCCGGUCACCUGUCCCCGUGUGAGAUUGUUCUUCUUUCAUAUGUAGAGGCCGGUAAAAAGAAGCACCUGCUGCUAAGAGCACCUCAAGCCUUUUGUUAUCAUCAGUGCUUUAACCAAUUAGUGGGGUUUGAACAAACCAGGGCCUCCAAGUGCUUUCUGCUCAUUCGACAUGACUACUGUAAAGACGCAGUGUUUGUGUUGCUGUUUGUUCUGGUGAAUGCUUCGACGAUGUACCAUGCUGUCCUUAACAAGGUGUGUCCUGGCCAAGGAUGUCCACUGCUCCCUCGGUUUGUGUCUUCUGUGUCUCUCCUGUACUGUACAAACUGCAGUGUUUGCUCCUCCUUGUUUCCGUGUGACUACUUUAUGGACUCUCACCAUCUUAGGACUGUAAAAUAUGAUUUUGUAUUCUUUUAGGAGUUUUACACUACUUUAAAUCAUUAAUUUGCACAUUAGGUACAGAUGUAAAUACGGGGGGGGGAGAGGACAAAAAAUAGUCUAUUGUUACAUACUUUGUGUGUCUGUGUUGUUUUAUUAAUCUCCAGAAAGCAAUCAGGGAAAAAGCAUAAAAACAUCUUGUUUUUUGAUAUUUUUUAGAAUAUUUUCAAACUUCUCAGUGCACGAAAAUAUGCUUUCACUAUUUUUUUAAUAUUUCGUUUGUUACAAAAUAAGACUUACAGUUUUGUGGAUAUGUGAGCGUUUGUCAUUCAGGCAAACCCAGAGGACCUGAAGAUUCCUGUCUGGAAAUGGGUUCGGCUGUGGAUUACUUAUUUUCUGCGUGGCAGAGAUGAUCUCAUAAAACGGAUUAAAGGUAUUAAGAAUAGAUGAUUUUGUAAUUUAUAUGAAAAGUUUUGAGAAUUUAGUUAAGUUUUAGAAAUGUGCUUUUACAGAAAAAUGAGUACAUUUACAAAAGUAUGGAUGGAUUCUUUCCUUCCUUUUAAUAACUUUAGAGUUAAUUGACUAAAGGUUAGUUAAACCUCAGAACUCUUUAAACGUUUUUAUGAAAGCAUAAUUAAUCUUUGUUGUUUGGAUUUAAAGAAUUAAACUCCCACCAAAAGUGGUUUGGGUGCUCGAGUCAAGGAUCUUUUUUUUUUUUUAUAAGCUGCCAAGUGGGCCAGCUUUCCAGUACCGGAGCCUUACCCGCACCUCGGUCCUCCAGAGAUGCAGUUACACAAAACAACAAUGGAAAAACCUGAAACCACUUCCGUGAGAGGAGUCCUGCAUGGAGUGGGUAAAACGAAAGGGAGGACACUCUGCAUGUCAGCAUAUCAAGACAAAAUAGCAUUAACUGGCCCACAAAGUGACUUAGAGGAUAUUGUAAGAGACUUAUUUGUCAUCACAGCAGUGUAGGCCUAAAGUUAAUUACAUCUUUAUUUAAUCUUUUAAUGCAGGGAGCAAGAGCUGCUGGUGGGAAAGACUGGAAGGAAAAAAGGAACUCUGCAGAUUUAAAGAAAAGAGAAAAAGCUACUAAUCAUAUAGGAGAAAUGUGAUAGCCAAAAGCAAUAAAAUAUAAAAGGACAAAUCUGCACACAAUUGCAGAACAUUCUAAGAAAUCUACUUAAAAAAAACUGUUUUAAUCCUGAUUACCCCUAACCUGAAUGCAUUUUAAACAAGGCAAGAUAGAGUGCAUGCAGGUAGAAAUCUGUUAAAAUUCCAGUAAGUAAACCUGUUAAAGUUUAGGCAUAUUAGUGUUAUGACUAUAAAAUAGUAAAUACUGAAUCACAUGUUAGGUUUGAAGCAACAAAUUUGCAGUCUAGAGGGUGUCCUUCACAGGCAGGCCUUUGCUUGUUACUCUCAGAGAUAAACCACAGUCUGCACAUUUUGUGACAAAAAGCUUUGUCAUUUGUUGACACGAGGAUCGGAGAAAAAGGCACAAACUUUUAAAAGAACUGAGAGAUAUUGACCCAACUCAAGUUGAGAUUGUACAACAGUGAAAAGAAGGGGACAUCAACCAUUUUCUAAAACAGAUUUUUUUUAUUUGAUUUGUGCUUCAUCCUUGAAAGACCUCACCUGGAGGUUAAAUACUCAAAAAAUAAAAAAGAAGACAAACAGUGUCUUCCCUCUCUGAAUGACAAGAGCUUGAAGUCUGUGUGAGGUACAGUGUGAACAGAGUUAUUCUUAGCAAAGCUCUGGACUGCUGCUGUGAAUAAUUGGGAAUUACAUCAUAUAUAGAGUUGGGUUACACUUGCACAUGGUUCACCUAUGCCAGUCACACAGAUGACAUGUUCAGGGUCAGGUUCUCUGCAGUGGUCUGACCUUAAUGUUCAGAGAAUGAGACAGAAAACGUGUCCUUUCUUGGAUUUCCUCUUUGUAGGAUUUCUUCUUUGUAGGAUUUCACUUCAGCAAUCUUGACAAGAACUCUUCUGUCAGAUUCAAAUUGAAGAAUAAAGGAACCUGGUUUACA